AUGGCGUUCAAGUGGCUCAAGCGGCGGCGUAACACGCUGGCAGCAGACACGCCCCCUCCCUCGAUACCACCUCCGCUCCCAAGCCCAAGACAUUCCCACUUUGCGACGCAGCAACGCUCAUCGAGCUCUGUCUACCCGCAACCGUCGAGCCCGAGCACGGCAAGCACACCAAGCGAGGCCCCGAAGAUCCGCCGCCGCAAGUCAUUCUUCCAGACCAUCGGCCUGGCCAAGGACAAGGACAAGGACAAGGAUAAGGAUAAGGCUCGGAAGCGCGCCAGCUCCUUCUCCGUUCCCCCCCUGCGUUUCGAUAGAGACACCGCGCCCCCCGUGCCCCCUCUUCCGAACGGCGCAGCGUCCACUCCCCCGGCGAAGCUUGACCCCGCCCCGCGCAAGCGUAAGAGCCUCGUCCCGCGUAAGGCGCCGCCGAGCGCAUGGGCCGGCGACGCCACCCCCACGGGGACGCCCGCGACACCCGUCCCCCCUGUCCCUCCCGUCCCGGUCGUCCCUACCAAGACCAACCCACCAGCAAAGUUGCCGCGGACAGAGCCGCUCGGAGCCGUCCAGCUGGACGACAUUCGAGGCGGCGAGCUGCCUGACAGCCCGCCGGACCUCGGCGCUGGCCGUUUCACGGCCCUUGACGCCCUGGACCGCUUGGACGCGAUUGGCACUCUUGAUCUCGGAUCCAGCCUCACCCAGCCGGCGACUGCGCAGCCCAGCUCGCGUGUCCCACCUUCCUCGUUCGCUAGCCCUACGGUCAACAAGCGCAACAGUCUUCCGGCGCUCGACAAGCCGUUACCUUUCCCCGGUCUCGCCCAACCCGCCACGAGCCAGCACGUGGCUCUGGACCCACGAGCGGCGAGCUCUGGAAUGCCCGAGGUCGAUAGCCCCGUUCUCUCGCCGACGGGGAAGACGUUGCUCGGUGCUGAGCUCCCUCAACCGUCGAAGGGCUCACGUAGGAGUGUGACUUCGGCCACGUUCGAGCCGCCAAAGAGUGCUAGCAUUCGCACAGCGUCGUCCAGCUCUGCUGACUCUCCGGCCGCGCCUACUGCACAGUCGAGCAGUUAUCGCAACCUCCCACCGACCAAUGUCGAGAUGGUGCCCCUGCCCGACGUCCUCAACCGACCCAUGGCUGGACGGAUUGCGCAGGCCACCAUUGAGCCGCACACCCAGCCUGUCGCCCAGCCUGAGCCCGCAGUCGGAUCUCGCGCGCCAGAGCUUCCCCCUAUCAUGGGCGGCCCGGCCAAGAUCCAGGCUGUGUUCGAAAGCGCGGCAGACGAGCAACUCUCUGAGUCCAAGCCCGAGCCUAAGUCUGAGUUUUCGCCAGUACAGCCGGCGCCUGAACCACAGUUGCCAGAGCUGGCCCCCCCACCUGCACCUGUUGCAUCUCGUGUUCCCGAACUGCCGCCGAUAAUGGGUGGACCGGCCAAGAUUCAGGGCGUGUGGGAAAGCAGCUACACCUACCAGGAGGAGAAGGCUAAGGAAGAAGCAGGGAACGACAAGCAGGAGGGCGGCGUCCAGGCUGAGGACACGAAGGACGAGGCGGCAGCUAAGGAUGGUGAGGAGGCCGCUGUCGAUCACGGCAAGGAGGAGCUCACUGUCGACCCCAAGACCGCUGGCGCCGGCGAGAGCGAGGAGAUCGCCGACGACGCGUCUGAGGUAUCAGACGCCCAGCCCAUCUCGACUGACCUUGUCGGCUUUCCGCACCGUGCCUCGACCUCAACUUGGGGGGCGUCGACCGAACAGCUCGUCGAUCGUCCAUGGUCGGAGGUGCGGGUUAGCGUGGACGCGGCCCGUCCGACAAGCGCGUUCAUGGAUCGCCCUAUGUCUGGCCAUGACGCGCAGCUCCUCGGGACGCCGACCCGCUUGCCGAGCACGCAGACGUUCGGAAGCUUGCCCGGGACAAGUACCUUCGGCGCACUCCCGCGCCCGACCAGUAUCAGUGUGCUGGGUGAGGAGGACGUGGCGCGUGGACAGCGGCUCGGCGCAGUGGCUGAGAGCGAGACCGCUCAGGGCUCGGCGCGGGCCAGCGUCCCAAGCGACAACGUUACUCCUAAACCAACCCCAUUGCCUCAGACACCGCCUCGUCUACCAGCCAUCCUGGCACCUUCGCCUGGUGUUCCAGAGUUGUACACGCCUGACGCCACUCCGCCGAGCCAGCAGAUCCACACGCCUGCGCAGCACGAGCCGUUCAAGCCCAGCCGCUCCGUCUCGACGCCCAGCAAGCCCCAGCUCUCGCGCUCGCUUACGCGUCCUGAAUCGCCACGGAUGGACAAGGGCCUGCCGAGAAUGCCUUCGACCGGUAACCUGCGUCCUGGGAACGGCCGCUCUGUCACCGCGCCGAUGGCGUCGAAGGACGAGGCCGACGACGACGAGCCGACCCUCGACCACUUCAUGACCCUCUUCCGCCAAGUCCAGAAGCGAGGGCAGGGCGUCGGUAUCCGGGCUGCCGCGGCUGCUGCGGAAGGUCGCGAAUUAAAGGAGCGACGGCCGUAUGGCAUUGGGCUGGGGCAGCCGGCGACGAGCUAG